AUGGACUGGUAUCCGGCACAGUUUUUCAAUACUGUUGCCCCGCCGUCUUCCCCGUUCGCCCUCAUUGUUCUCAACCAGCCAAUCAACCAACAUGCAUACAGAGUCCUCAACAAGCAUGCACGUUUCACAAUAUGUGCAGAUGGCGGGGCCAAUCACUUGUACAAUCUUAUGCGAACAUCAGGCAAGGAAUCAACGGAGCUCCCCGAUGCAAUAGUUGGGGAUCUGGACUCCAUUCUUCCAGAGGUCCGUAAACACUAUGAGGACCUGCACGUCCCCGUCAUCCACAACCCGGAUCAAUAUUCUACAGACGUCACGAAAUGCCUGCGCUAUCUGCGCUCGCGUACGCAGAGCCUCGCCGCAUCCAGAAGCAACGGGGACCGAACGGCGCCACCCGCAGAAGCAGACAAUCAUGAUUUAGAUAUCAACGUCCUCCUCCUAGGCGGGCUGGGCGGACGAGUAGAUCAGGCCUUUUCGCUCAUCAAUCACCUAUGCAUCUCGUCAGCUUCACCUUCAUCCUCAUCCUCAUCCUCCGCUCCGCCCCACAACCGAAACCAAAACCACCUCUACCUAAUCUCCGAACAAAGCAUCUCCUUCCUCCUCCACCGCGGCUGUAAUAGAAUCCAUACACCAGGCGGCUCCUUGAUGGGUACAUCACCAACACCGGCGCCAGCGUCAUCACCAGCGCCAACAACAACAACAAUGCCCUUCGCCGAAAACGUUGGCAUAAUCCCCAUCGCCGGCCCCGCCGUGAUAACCACCCGCGGCCUCGAAUGGGACAUCACUGACUGGAAAACGCAGUUUGGCGGCCAGGUUAGUACGAGCAAUCAUGUGCGCAGUGACGUUGUGGAGGUGGAGGUGCCGGGGGAGGCGCCGGUGUUGUUUACGUUGGAGUUGGCGGCGUGGGUGAAUGAAUGA